GCAACAACGAAACCUUCGCCAACAACAACCCAGGCCACAACGACACCUGCCAUGACAACAACUGAGACACCACCUCCAACAACUGAAGCAACAACACCUGCUCUAAAACCUGAAGAAAGGACCACACUUGCUCCAACAACUGAGAAGACA